UAUUAAACGAAGCAGAAUCAAAACCAAGGCCAGGAGGAACAGAGAAAGGGAUAUGUAUCAUUUUCAAAGCUGAAAUUCUUCUUCUUCGUUGUCAAAGCUUGUUGUCCAUAACCAUAACGCAGAAGGUGGCAGAUUUGUCGAGGUGCCGGAAUCUGUUUGGUUUUUCAAUAUCACCUUGGUAAUUUGGAGUCUUAAGUGUUUCUUAGUGGUGAAUCUUGCAUGAAUAUUGGUGCUUUCUAGCAUCUGAAUUUCAGUUUGGCAAUGACUGUUUCUGGUUCGUUGCAAUUGUCCCAUGAUUUGGGACUUUGCAAGAACCAGGGGUACAAGAAACAAUUUAAGCCAAUAUUGACAAGGGGCAAGCUACUGUUACUGAGUACCACACUCUCAUCAUGUGCUUCGUUUCGGCAAUGGGAUUCUUGGAGUUUCCGUCUAUCGACCAAUUUGUACAGACCUGUGUUCCCUGUAUCAUAUAGAAGUAAUGUUUUUAGGUGUCAUUCUUUUCUAGUUCCAGGCCAAGCAUUUGAACUUCCUGGCCUGAAAGCCCCUUCUACAGCAUUGAUAAGAUCAUAUAAUGCUUUGCAAGGCACUCCUGUCAUAUUUAAGUUGGCUCCUGCAAUUGGCAUUAUCAUAUUUGCUGUCUGGGGUCUUGGACCAGUCCUGCGUCAAAGCAGAAAUUUACUACUUCAUAAGAAUGAUAAUAAUUGGAAAAAAAGUCGUACAUAUUAUGUCAUGACCUCCUAUAUUCAACCUUUGCUGCUGUGGACUUCUGCAACACUUAUAUGCAGAGUGCUAGAUCCUGUAGUUCUGCCCACAGAAGCUAGUCAGGUUGUGAAGCAGAGGCUUUUGCACUUUGUAAGGUCAUUGUCAACUGUGCUGGCCUUCGCUUAUUGUUUAUCAAGUGUGAUUCAACAAGCUCAGAAGUUCUUCAUGGAAUCUAAUGAGCCCAGUGAUACGAGAAAUAUGGGUUUCCAGUUUGCUGGGAAGGCUGUAUAUUCUGCAGUGUGGGUAGCUGCUGUUUCACUUUUCAUGGAGUUGCUGGGUUUCUCUACCCAGAAGUGGCUCACUGCUGGUGGUCUUGGGACAGUAUUGCUGACCCUUGCUGGCCGUGAGAUAUUCACGAAUUUCCUCUCAAGUGCAAUGAUUCAUGCGACACGACCUUUUGUUGUGAAUGAGUGGAUUCAAACAAAGAUUGAAGGCUACGAAGUUUCUGGUACUGUUGAGCAUGUGGGUUGGUGGUCACCAACAAUCGUAAGAGGUGAAGAUCGUGAAGCAGUUCAUAUUCCAAACCACAAGUUCACUGUGAAUGUUGUGAGAAAUCUUAGUCAAAAAACUCAUUGGCGUAUUAAAACCCACCUAGCCAUUAGUCACUUGGAUGCCCAUAAGAUUAAUAAUAUUGUUGCUGAUAUGCGCAAAGUGUUGGCCAAGAAUCCGCAAGUUGAGCAGCAACGAUUGCAUAGAAGGGUUUUUUUGGAUAAUGUCAAUCCUGAAAAUCAGGCUCUCCUGAUUUUGGUAUCCUGUUUUGUGAAGACCUCUCAUCAUGAAGAAUAUUUGUGUGUAAAGGAAGCUAUAUUAUUGGAUCUUCUAAGAGUCAUCAGCCAUCACCGUGCUCGACUUGCUACACCAAUCCGAACAGUGCAGAAAAUAUAUAGUGAUGCUGAUUUGGAUAAUAUUCCAUUUGCAGAUUCUAUCUACAACUGCGGUGGAGUAGCAUCUAACCGUCCUUUAUUGCUGAUCGAACCCUCUUACAAAAUCAAUGGAGAAGAUAAAACAAAAUCCCAAACUCGUCCAGGACGUGGAGCUGGUGACCAGGAAAAUAAGGGUAUGUCACGGUCAACAUCUGAAAGCAAAGGAAAUAUCACAAAGUCAGAUGCCAAGGCCAAAGAAGCACCAAAGUGUGACACUAAGGCGGAUGCUAAAAAUGGUGAAACACCAAAUUUUUAUGCCAAGGGGAAUACAAAAACUGGAACACCAUCCGUGUCUGAUCCAAAGGUAGGUGAUAAAAUGGCUGUAAAAUCGUCAUCCAAGACUUCAAACUCUGCAGAAGCAACAACUUUUGAAUCCAAAGCAGCAGGAUCUGUUUCUGAUGCCACACAAAACAAAAACGUCUCUGAUAAUAAGCAGAAGAGUGUGAAUCCUGGGAAUAUAAGACAAAAUAGUCAGUUUGAUAAUCCUAAAGUUUCCUUAUCAGAAGCUGGUACAGACAAAGCAAGAGGAUUGCAAGAACCUUCCCAAUUCAAACAGGGUGCUGAAAGACAGUCAGUUGCACAGCCAUCAUCACGACCUGCAUUGGAAGAAAAUAUAGUUCUUGGUGUUGCUUUGGAGGGUUCAAAGAGAACUCUUCCCAUCGAGGAUGACUUGGAUUCUCAUUCAGGUUUGGGAGAGGUGAAGGAAAUGGCUGGUGCACGUAGAAAUGGAACUGGGACUCCAACGGGUGAGAAAGAUGGGAAGGAUGGCCAAGCUCCAAUGCCACCACCUAGUGCAUCAUCCGGCGAACAGGGGAAAUCAUCUUAAAUUGAUCUUAGGAGAUUUCCUAAAUGUUUGCUCUGAGCUAACUGAAUAUACUGAGUUCAGGUUACAUUUGUCUCAGAAGUGCACUCCAGUUAUACUGAGUUUCACCUCAUUAUUUAUGCAUCAUAUACAAAUAUACAAUUCCCAAGAGUAUUACAUUGUCAAAUUGGUCAGUUGAUGAUUUGAUGGGUGCUCAAGUCUUGCCCCCUGUGAUUUGUGGCUUGCAAAUUAGCUUUUACACAGUUUUGAAUGUUUGGUCAAAUUUCUGCGACUGUCAUUUUCAUUUUGACCGAUGAACAGGCCAAGACAUUUGCACUAUACAAUCGAGUUGAAUGUUCAAUUUCACUUAUAAACUACACAUUAUUUUGUAAUA